AUCGGAAUACGCAACGCAAAGCAAUUUAUUUUCGACGUUUUCUAGACAGCGGAUUGGCUGCCUCACUCUUCCCCUUCCCGCUUUCGUGGUCUCACAGAGACGAGAGAGAGAGAGAGGGAGAGAGGAGAGAGAGAGAGAGAGAGGAUGGAGGUUGCUGAAGAUAUUGACUGUGAGAACAAAAGUCAGCAGCAGAAGAGGACGAGGAGGGUAGGAUUGUUGUACGACGAGAGGAUGUGUAAGCACUCCACACCCGACGGCGAUCCUCAUCCGGAAAACCCCAAUCGAAUUAAGGCAAUCUGGAACAAGCUCCAAUUAGCUGCCAUUGCCCAGAGGUGUGUUGUUUUGGAAGCAAAAGAAGCAGAAGACAAGCAUAUCUUGUCAGUUCACACCAAAAAACAUGUUGAUCUGAUUAGGAAUGUAAGCUCCAAACAGUUUAAUUCACGGAGAAAUCGGAUUGCAUCGAAAUUCAAUUCCAUAUAUCUCAAUGAAGGAUCAUCCGAAGCUGCCUACCUUGCCGCAGGCUCUGCCAUAGAGGUGGCGGAAAGAGUUGCCAAAGGCGAACUGGAUUCUGCCAUGGCUAUCAUUAGGCCUCCAGGACAUCAUGCGGAACAAAACAAAGCUAUGGGAUUUUGUCUGUACAACAAUGUAGCUAUUGCAGCAAGUAUCCUUUUAAAUGAAAAGCCAGAAUUGGGUAUCAACAAAAUUUUAAUCGUUGAUUGGGAUGUGCAUCAUGGUAACGGUACUCAAAAGAUGUUCUGGAAGGAUCCUCGUGUUUUAUUCUUCUCGGUUCAUAGGCAUGAGUUUGGAAGUUUUUAUCCAGCUAAUGGUGACGGCUUCUAUACGAUGAUUGGAGAAGGACCAGGAGCAGGAUACAACAUUAAUGUCCCCUGGGAAAAUGGCCAGUGUGGGGACGCAGACUAUUUUGCAGUUUGGGACCAUAUUUUGGUUCCUGUUGCCAAGGUGUUUAAUCCAGACUUAAUUAUGGUCUCUGCAGGAUUUGAUGCAGCUGCUGGUGAUCCUGUAGGGGGUUGUCGUGUCACACCAUAUGGAUACGCAGUUAUGUUGAAAAAGUUGAUGAGUUUUGCCAACGGAAAAAUCGUGUUGGCUUUAGAAGGAGGAUACAAUCUCGAAUCUAUUGCAAGUUCAACUCUUUCUUGUGUUGAAGUUCUGCUGGAUGACAAUCCUAUUCAUGGUUCUUCAGAGGCAUACCCAUUUGAGUCUACAUGGCGUGUGAUACAGGCGGUUCGCCGGAAACUAAGUGCUUUCUGGCCAUCACUUGCAGAUAAAUUACCUGAGACGCUAACCAAUCAAACAGCUCCUCCAGCUUCAUAUAUUGUGACCUCAAGCUCUGAUUCUGAAGCGGAGGACAACGAAGAUCCAAAUGUCAUAUCUAAACAUCUUGAGGAUAUUCUUCAAGAUGUUAUAGAGCCCUUCUCGAAUUUGAAACUUGACGGAAGUAUUCAAGAUCAUGUGGCAAGUAAUUCUUGCACCUGGAGGUCAGAGCUUUCAAAGGUCGAUAUUUGGUAUGCCUCUUUCGGAUCAAAUCUGUGUCUGGAAAGAUUUCUCUGCUAUAUUAAAGGUGGACAGAUGGAAGGUAUGAAAACGCCAUUUCUUGGGUGUGCGGACAAAACUCCCCCAAAGGAGAUUGUGUGGAAGACUUUCCCUCAUCGCUUGUUCUUUGGUCGUGAAUCUACAGCUACAUGGGGUCCUGGAGGGGUUGCUUUCCUUAAUCCCGAAAGCAACAUCCUGGAUAAGGCUUAUAUGUGCCUGUAUAGAAUUACGCUUGAGCAGUUUAACGAUGUAUUGGUCCAGGAAAACGUUGUGAGUUUUCCUUCGAACUCUCCUUUGUUUGACUUGACUGGUUUAGACUCAGUCACUCGUGAGGAGCCUCAUUCUCUACAGGUUCAACUAAAGGAGUGUUGGUACAGUAAUGUUGUCUACUUGGGCAAGGAGCAUGAUAUUCCAAUACUAACAAUGACGUGUACAAAAUCAGAAAUGGAUGGCUACAAAUCCGGAGAGCUUCCAUUGUGUGCUCCGGCCAAAAAUUACGUCAACACAAUUGCGAGGGGCUUGGUGGAAGGAAAACAACUCACACAGGGGGCGGCUAUGGCUUACUUACAAGAAGCUUCUGUUAAACCAUUGGGAUGACAACUUUUCAUCCUCGCAGCAUUUGUAAAUCUAGCUCAUUUGUAUAAUUCCUUAUGCUGGAAACGGAGAUUUAUGGCCUUCUUAAGGCCAAACGUGUAGCGUAGUUGAGAUGUUCUAGGCGUUAACAUUGAUACAGUAGUUAGCACCUUAAAAGUUGAAAUGGAUCAUAUUAGUCUCUCUGCCUCUAAGCAGAUUAUCAAAUUAAGAUUAUCAAUUCUUACUA